UGGUGGCGCGAAGGAGAACUUAAUAUUGGCUUGUUUGCGAGAGAAUUUAAACAGUGUUGUGACUAUUUGUUCGCCCUUUGUUUUGGUAGAAAACUAGUGAGCGAGUUGUCUAAAAUCUUGGGGAUUUUUCAGGAAUAAGAUUAGGUGGCGCUGAAUGUGUAGAAAAGUGUGAUUGUCAUCCUAAAAUAAGGCAACUUCAACUUAUUUCUUGUGACUCGUAGUACUAGCGGGAGCAAUGGAUCGGUUUCAAAAAGGAAAGAAAAAGAAAAGUAUCGACGACGGUGAAAUGUUUGAACCAUUUGCAUCACCUAAAAGAGGCAAACAGGAAGGUGAUCUGGAGGUGACAGGUGUCUCACGUUCUGGGCGGGUUCGCAAAAAGUCUUCAAAACUCAUGGAUUUUGAGUCUCCAGAUGAAAUUGAUUACAGAGUAAAACGAACAAGCAAGGCUGACACAAUGUCCCCAGCUCCCUCUCGAGGGCCUGGGCCAGCAAAGAAAACCCCCAAAUCUCAAACCCCAGCACAUUCAUUUUCAAGGCCAAUGCCACCACCACAGCAAAUACAUCAACCAGAACCAGAUCUGUCAGAUGAUGAUGAUGCUAGAUUUGGCGUGAAACUUGAGCAGGGUUCCUCUGAAAGUGAGUCAGACUCUGAAAUGUUCCCAGCUCCUGAAGGAGUAGAAUGUGAUUUUAGCUCAGAAGAUUCACUGGGUAGCGAGGAUGACUUGGAUGAGGACCCUCUCAUGGAUGAGAGGCACGUACCUAGCCACCAAGGAUUCCAAAGGAUUGAUGCUGUGGAGCCCCCACCUGCUCAGUCAACAUAUAUGAUGGAGAAAUCUUCAAAGAAGAAGUUAAUCAUUCGUGAUGGGAAGAUUGUUGGGAGAAUGAAGGCUCAAAGGAAAGACAAAGGCAAAACACGGUUCACUGCUUACAUGUUGUGGGCCAAAGAAAAGCGUCAAGAUUUAACCAGGAAACACCCUGAUAUGGACUUUGCUCAGAUGAGUAAACGGCUUGGAGAACUAUGGGCUACAGUUCCUUACAAUGAAAAAUAUGCAUGGAAGCGACGUGCUGAGCGCUUGGCCAACAAAGGUGCAGGUGCCAAAGGGGCAGCAGGAACAGGAGCUGGUACCAUGGAGCAUCCCAACAUGAAGCGAACAAAACCACCACCACCAGCUAAAUCAAAAUUUAUCAAUAAGGGGAGUACACGAGAAACGCCCACCAAGCAACAAAAUGCCAGAGGAUCACAUUCAAACAGUGCAGCCUCAUUGUCUGCUCUUUCAAUAUCUCCACCUGAUAGGGGUGGCAAGGGUCUUGUCAGUGAACCAGUUAUUGGACCAGGAAUGUACAAAGUUGUUGGCACCCAGCCAGUAGAUGUUGCUGCUCAUCUCAAACUUCUAGGCGAGUCAUUAUCCAUUAUUGGGGAGCGCCUUAAAGAACAUGAGGGUCAAAUAGCUGUGUCUGGAAGUCUCUCAGUUCUCUUAGACUCCCUUCUUUGUGUGCUGGGCCCCCUGCUUUGCCUCACAUCCCAAGUUCCAGAGACAAAUGUGUGCUCUCAAGAUAUGCUAAGCAAGCUUCUUGAUAAUACUGCUUAUAUCAUGCCAGGCCUGUAAAUACCAGUGGUUACCUAAGUGCAGAAAGUCUUGUAUAUUGUUAGAUUAAAUGAGAAUUGCUGAUCAAUGUAAGAGCAUUAUUGGUUUACCUAAAACCAACAAUGUAAUGUGUAGAAUGGAUAACUCCAAAAUUUAAUUAUCAUGUAUCAUAAAACGUUUUAAACAUACUAUUUGAAAUUAUAACUUUUUAUGUCUGUCAAAGGCAUCUAACAUUAUUUUUAUGUACAUUUAUUGAAUCAAUUAGCUAAAAAUCCAGCAGAUCUUGCAUUAACCCAUAUUUUAUUAACUGUAUUCAUAGCAGUUUUCGUCACGAUGAGAAAUAGAAAUAAAUUAAUUGAUAAAUGUAA